AUGGCUUCAGUUGAAUCUGAUAUUAUAAGCGACCUGAGGAGAAUCAGUUUUACACUAAGAUCCCAUGAAGAGAGAGGUUCAAUUGUUAAGGAAGGCAGACUAACACCAGCACUGGAGAUUGUGAAGAAAGACGGCAGACGAACCCGGCAAUUUCAGCCAUCUUGGUAUGGAGUUCACAAGUGGCUAACAGGCAGCGCCGUGACUAACAAACUAUACUGCUGGCCAUGCUUACUGCUUUCAACUAAAAAGCACAUCUGGGCUAAUGAAGGCUACUGUGACUGGAAGAACCUGUCCCGAAGCGCGUCAUUACACAGGUCAUCCCAUGAGCACAUCAAAAAUGAGGUUUCCUUGAAGCGCUUGGAGCAUGCAGGGGCUCCUGGAGACGCGCGGCUGGGUGAGCAGAGGCGCCUUGCUGUCUUAGAUCACAACGAGAAAGUCAGGAAGAACAGGGAGGUUUUGAAGCGACUGAUUGACAUCUCAGUGGUUUUAUCCCGUCAAGAAUUUGCAUCCCGGGGCCACCGUGAGACGCAGGAAUCCGGCAACCAGCGUCAUUUCACAGAACUUGUAGGUUAUUUUUUUCGUCACGACCAGGAGUUGAAAUUUCACUGGCAGAAAAAUGCAUCCGUUUUCUCCGACCUGUCGAAGACGAUUCAAAACGAACUGAUGGAAUGCAUGGCUGAAGAAAUCACGUCGUGCAUUGACCGCGAGGUUGAAGAGUGCAGCUUUUUUGCUUGCGAGGUAGACGGAACAACUGACGUUUCUCAGUUAAGCCAGCUUGCACUCACGUUACGCUACGUGGACAGGAAGGGGAACACACAAGAAAGGUUUCUGGGUUUUAAAGAUGUCGGCGCAGAUCGGACCGCAGUUGCUUUGAAGCAGGUUGUGGAUUCAGAGAUCUCGAAAUAUGACUACAAAGGAAAGCUUGUGUCUCAGUCGUAUGACGGCGCUGCAGUGCUGGCUGGGGAGCUGGGAGGUCUUCAAGCCCUCAUUAAAAAGGAUGCUCCACAGGCGCUGUUAGUGCACUGUUUCAACCACAGAUUGAAUCUAAUUCUGCAGCAAGGGGCGCAGUGUAUUCAACAAACGCGUUGUUUUUUUGCAACUUUGCAAGGCUUCCCCGCAUUCUUUACGCGCUCGAGCAAAUGCACGGAGCUGCUGCACCGAAUUGUGGGCAGGAUACCUUCCCUGUGUGCAGCUCGAUGGACACCUAACAGCACAGUCCUGCAUGCCAUUGCCUCGGAAAGAGAGAAACUGUGCCAAGUGUUUCAGGAGAUUGUCGAUGGCAGCGGUUGGGACGGAGAAUGUCGGCGGCAGGCUGCAGGAUUUCUUGCAAAACUAAACGACUUCCAGUUUAUCUUCCUGUUGUACUGCUACCGUAGCAUCUUCAGCAUCACUGACGUCCUCUGCGAUGUUCUUCAGAAAAACGCUGCUGAUGUAAAUGACUGCAAUUCUCAAGUUCAUUUAACAGUCACAAUGAUUGGGGAUCUGCGUAAAGAGGAGCACUUCAAAGAGGUGCUCAAAUCUGCAGCCACUGCCCUUUCUGACUUACCUGCACCCCCAAAACAGCCUAGAGUGAAACUGGAAGACGAACCCCCUGCAGACGGUCAGAACGCGCAUUUCCUGCUGUACAAUGACAUCAUUGAUAACAUCCUCGUUCAGAUUUUGCUGAGGUUUGCAGACAUCAAAGCCCUGCAGUUUCUCCCGCUGUCGGACUCCUCAAGGUUUCCGGCUUUCAGGAAGCAGUUCCCCACAGACGCAUUUAGCUCACUCGCCGACUCUUACGGCAGCUACUUUGAUUUGGAUCGUCUCAAGAGUGAGUUUGGUGUCAUCUUCAGAGACGAUCAGUUUCAGAACCGCUCUGUCAGCGACAUCCUGCUUUUAAUCAAUGAAACGGGGCUCUGUGAGGUGCUGGCUGAAGUGUACCGCUUUUUCUGCUUAAUUGCCACUAUACCAGCAACAGCAGUGUGUGAAGAAAGCCGCUUCUCUUGUCUUGAGCGCAUCAAGGCAUACCUGAGGAGCGCUGUGGAGCAGGAUCACCUGAGUGCGCGGGCCACAAUAUCCAUUGAAACAAAACUGCUCUCUUUCCUGGAGACGCAACCCAACUGGAUCCUUCAGGACAGCCUGGGUAAGCAGGGCUGGAAAAACACACAGGAGCCAAAACGGAACGGUGCUCCUCAUACGAAGACAGACGCGGCCGGCGCUGCAGCAGCUGAUCGUCUCUUACUGUGUUUGUUUUUCUCGUCCCGCUGUUUGUCACUCUUUGUAAAUAUUGUAAAUACAUCACGUUUGAACCGCACUUCUGGGCUCUGUUUAUUAUUUCAUCCCUACACUGUGAUAUUUGUGAUAUUGGAUGUGCUGCAGUGUAUAAAUGUACUCUUGUAUCUCUUUUUGCAGGGAUCAUUUUAUUCAAUACCAGGCACCUAACCCACAGAGCACAGGGGAGGCGCCGAACCCGCAGAGCA